AUGAUUUCAUGGCAGUCGGUUUUGCAUAUAUUUGACGUCGAAAAGAGACAAAUGUCCAUGGCCGCCGUCGUCAAGGACGUCGCUCUCAUUGGCGAGCAACUUUUUGAUCAUACCCCCCAGGUACAUUUUUUAUAGUUUCAAAUUUUUCCAAACCCUUGAGUGAUUACUUGAAAUUCUUUGGAACAUCCGACGUUGCUUUGAGGCAUAUAUGAAUUAACUGUUAUAACUAAAAAAAGGAACAUUAAAAAAAUUGUUUUUUUCUAUUUUUCUCAAUCUUUACAGGUUCGACAAGAAAUCGAAAAGUUUGUCGACCGAUUUGAAAGGAAUGAGCGACAUCGCGAAUUCGAUGGAAUUCUGCGAGCCAGCCAUGCGGUUUGUCAAUUAUUGAUCGAAAUAAAUGUUUUUGAAAAGAAUAUAGUAGUGGAAAAAAUAUUGAUAACUGAACUUCUUGAAUAUUUGUAGAUUAAUGUUCUAGCAAGGGCUAUAUAAAGUUUCUAUUGGCUCAAAAAAAAAAUUUUGAAGUUCGAUUCAACUAUUUUUGAUAGUUUUAAAUUUAAAAAGUCGAUGAAUGUUUUUAGCGGUUUCUUUUCCACUCCCAGCCAUUUUUCAAGCUAUACAUAACCUAUUUUCACAAAAAAAUUUCGAUUCCAGCUCGUCGAGGCCGCAGAAACACCUGUCGAAGCGUUGUUCGAAGCCGGAAAAAUGACGAAAUUGAUAGAUGACGUCAACGAAAUCACAGCGAAAAUCAGCGCUUUGACAACGCCCAAAUUUGGAGAAGUACUUCAAAAAUCAUAUGUUUCAGGUCAAUUUCGAAAGCUUUCAGGAACACCAAACCUACCUAGAGAACAUCAAAACGACACAAAAAGACUACGUUGAGCUUUGUCGACGGGAAGCCUUGAAGAAAAUGCGCGCCAUGGCAGAAACUCGAUGA